AUGAUUUGCAGAUGUGAGGACAUGUUUUGCGUUGUGGAAGUGAUGUAACAUUCUUUUGCUUCCGCUGUGUGAUGAGACACCUAGCUAACAGGUGGGAAGCCUCACUUUCAUCAUUCACUGCGUGCGCUGUUAGUAAUACGGAGUCAUGUCAGAGCUUAUUGAGCUUCAAAGAGAGCAAAUUGUUGGUACCCCCUUAGCUGGUACCUCUGUGACUAAAGUUGCCAAUUUAUUUGUUAUGGCAUGAGGUACAGUAUCAAAGGUUAUGACAGCAUAUACAGUUUCUUGGAAAACAUGGUCAACUGA